AUGGCUCCGGUGACAUUAAGCCAGGUUGAUGAGGACUUGAAGGACGUCAUCCAGAACUUCUUCGAGAUCCAAUCCGCCAUCCACGGCUACUUGGGCCCCGAGACCCAACAGGAAUUAGUCAAAAAGCUGAAAUCCCUAACAAUCUCUCUUCAGACGCUCUCCGCCCACUCCGCCCCCGAUCCUUCGUAUGUGCCACCCGCACCAUCCCGGACCGCGCUCUCCUCCCCUGAUCCUCCCCUACAGAGCAUCCAGCUACCUCCCGAGAUAAUAGACUAUGUCGACGCAGCGCGCAACCCGGACAUUUACACGCGAGAGUUUGUCGAGCUGGUGCAGAAGUCUAAUCAGGAUUUGAAGGGGAAGAUGGAGGCAUUCGCGAGCUUCAGGGAUGUACUGGCGAAGGAGAUGGCUAGUGCGAUGCCAGAGUGCAAAAAGGAGGUGGAGAAGGUGGUGAAAGCGACUGGGGGCAAACUGGAAGGGCCCUGA